UUGAGCUCGGCUGAGUGAAAAUCGCACAGAAACGCUGCCGAACAUCACAUAAAAUAUGAAAAUCUACUAGAUAUAUAUCAGAAGAUGCUCACAUUGAAGACGUAACACCGUCGACCGACGACGAUGGAAGACGGACUGGUUUCUGAAGACGAUAUAUUGCUUCGCUCGGAGAAGGAGUUUCAUGACGCUGCAAAAAGGAACGACACGGAGAGAAUGCAGGAGUUGAUCAGGAGAGGAGUGGACAUCAAAGUCAAAAAUAAGAUGGACCGUAAGGCCCUGCACUGGGCAGCUGGAGCCGGCAGUGAACAGGCGCUGCGUUUGCUGCUGGACCACGACAUGGAUGUGGAUGAUAUGGACAGCUUUGGUAUGAACGCUCUGCUCUUGGCAGCAUGGUUUGGUCACCUGACUAUCCUAAAGAUCCUCGUCUCAACCGGAGCAAAGCUCACCACUGAAAACAAAAAUGGCUUGAAUCUCCUGCACUGUGCUGCCCAGAGGGGACACGUCACCAUUCUGGAGUAUAUCAUGGAGGAUCUGGAAAAUGUUCAGCUUAAUAAAGUCGAAAACUCAGGCAAGACCGCAUUUCAUCUGGCCGCAGAGCAAGGACACCUGGAGGUGGUGGAGUUUCUCAUUGGCAUGGGCUGUGCCCAUAACCUCAAAGACAAGCAUGGAGACACUGCACUGCAUUUGGCAGCUAAGCAGGGCCACAGCGACGUCCUACAGAAGAUCAUGGACACUGGGGAGAACAUCGAUGAAAGAAAUACUGAUGGCAUGACAGCUUUGCAUUUGGCAUCUGAAGGGGGUCAUUAUGAGUGUAUCAGACUGUUGCUGGAGGCUGGUUGUAAUGUGAAUGAACUUACUGAUACUAAGAGGACGGCUCUUCAUCUGGUGGCCCAGCAUGCCUCAGGCAGUGAAGUCAGACUGUUGAUACAGGCCGGCAUCAAUCUGGAUUCAGUAGACAUUCAACAUGUUUCAGCUCUACACCUGGCAGUACUCAACAACUCCACAGAAAUAGUCAAGGAUCUUAUUGAAGCGGGAUGCGACCUGGAUAUCUUUGACAAUCGGCUUCAGACUGCUUUGCACAUCGCAGCAGAACACGGGCGGCUGAACAUCGCUGAGACGAUCCUGAUAUCUGGAGUCAACCUCAAUCUGCUCGAUAAGCAGGGGAAAUCCUCUCUGGAUGUUGCAGCACGAGGAAACCAUGUCAAUGUCGUUGACAUGAUUAUCAAAGCGGAUCGAUUUUACAAAUGGGAAAAGGAAAAUGUUUUGAGCGACUCUGACUCUUUGGUUGGAACGAGUCUUACCUUUAAACAGGACCAUCAACAGGAGACGCAGCACAUCCGAUCUGUGUUGUGGAAACUCGCCAGCAGAUUUCUCAAACCAGGCGAGUGGAAAACACUGGCUCGACACUGGAAGUUCUCAGAAGCACAUAUUCGAGCCAUAGAGCACCAAUGGACAGGUACAAAGAGCUACAAGGAGCAUGGCCACCGAAUGCUGCUCAUCUGGCUGCACGGUGUGAUCACGGCCAGAGAAAACCCCAUCAAGGGCUUGUAUGAGGGUCUGAUGGGAAUCUCAAGAGUGGAUCUGGCAGAAAGCAUGCGACAGCUGGCAAAUGCAGAUCCUUCUUCUGACAAAAAAUGCUCUACAAUGUGACUGGAGACUGCUUGAGAAGAGUCUUGAGUGCACGCCAACCAGGAUGCUGUUGAAAAACAGAGCACUGAUGAUGAUGAAACUACAACUGCAGUGAUGUGACUGAGAGAAAAACAUUACCUGUUCACACCAAGAGCAAAUAUUCACAGCAAACCAAACUUUGGAUUGAAAUGAAGCAUUUCUGAGGAAACGUUUACAUCUAAUGAUGCAUCUAAUGACUGUUUUUUAAGAGGACAGGUAUAUUUCUCUUUUCUCUGUUGAAAAAAAUCUCACAAAGCAAUAACAUCAUUAUUUCGUCAUGCAGAAUUUUUGUCUUUCUGUCUUCUGUUUAAUUGCAGAUGCGUUUUUAUUCUGCUGUAUUACUAUGGUUUUAGAAUUAGGAACAAGAAAUCAUACUGGUGUAUUACCAAGGAUGCAAAGUAACCCAUACACUACCAGUCAAAACAAGUUUUGGAACAGUAUGAUUUU